AUGCCUCAUCUGCCGGAACUAUCCAAGCAGGAGCCUUCUGCUAAUACUCUCGUAGACAACUACAGGGCUAAAGGGGAAGAUCUCGAAAAUUCACACCACAAUAAUGAGUCACGAUUAGCUGAAGGAGUACACUACGAUCGAAACAAGGCGCCCGCUCUGCAAGAAAGGGAGAAGGCAAGCACGGAGAAGGUAAAUGUUGAAGGCGGCGGUGCCUCGAGCAGCAUGGUUGAUAACAUCAGAAGAGGCAAUCCUUCUGGGGUUGCUUAA